AUCGCAGUAAUUUUGCGGAAUAAAAUUACGGGAUGAAAUCUACACGUUUGACAUUUUCUUGUCAAUGGUCGAUGGAGCUGUCGGUCAUAACUGUUUUUUUUAUUUUUAAUGUCUAUUCAAAUUGAACAACAAAGCCGUUACUAUGGCAAUACCUAAUAAGCUAAACUGAUUUUUUAAAUAGCAGGUAAAUGGAUCUACUUGCACCUAGAGAAAUUCAAACUGACGUACUGUUUCGUCGAUGAAUUUGUAAAUGACCGUUUGGGCUUUAAAGGUCCAGCCAGGAGCAACAGCCCUUACAUAAAUAGCUGGACCGUCGUGAAACAGUCAAACGCGCUGCACAGAGCUAUUGCAUUUGACAAUUAUUCUUGAUACAGACCAACACUGAUGAUGCAAAUUCUCCACUUUUUCAAUCUACUGCUGCUGGUGAACGCACAUCAGCCCUUCAUGAAAUUCGGAAUGCUCGAGAAACCACCAAUGUUUAUGAGGAAAAACUCAACGGUUGCCGGCGAUAAUCUCUACGAUGGGAUUUGGAUAGAUAUGAUCGAAUGGCUCUCACUGCAUCUAAACUUUAAGUCAUAUCAGAUACUCCAACUUGGCUAUAAAAAUUUCUUUUGAUAACAUUAUUCAUUUACCAUCAUUAAAGGUACGAAAUUAUCUUCGUCAACAAUGUUCUAGGUAGGCCCCAAACGCUAAAUGGCAGUGGAUCAUGGAGCGGGGCCUCUGGCCGUCUUCUUCGUGGAGUAAAAAAAUAUUAACAAAUUUACUGUUUCAUUUUUACCUACCGACAGGCCUUCACAGUAUGUAAGUAUUAAUUAACGUUAACAAGGAUUUCGACUUGCUGGGACCACCUGUCUUGAUGUCGUUUGCACGGAAUCGAGUCUUUCACUCGGUGGGCGUUGUCGAAGACGAGCAGAGCGCUCUUCUUACCCCCGCCUUAACAGAAAUGAGUUCCAUUCUGUCAUCCAUUAAACCUUUUCAACCUAUGGUAUGGUUAUUGAUACUUAUCUCCUUACUGUCGGCAGCCAUCUGUUUUGCAGCAUCUUCUCCAUCCAAUGAUGAUCGUUCUUUUUGGUACAAGAGGUUAAGGAUUUCACGUAUUGGUAAUUAUGUCUUCUAUACGACAGCCAUAUUAACAAACCAAGGCUCGGUGUUUGCUCUUCCCAAAUUCAAAUCAAAAUUGCCUUUCCGAUUGACGGCUGGUGUGUGGUGCCUCUUUGCCUUUGUUAUGGUGAACGUGUACUGCAGUACGCUCACAUCACAUAUUACAGCCCGUAAGAUGAGCACCCCACCUGCUGGUUCUAUAGAAGUUAUGGAAGAAGGGGUCCUCUCUUACCUUGUAAUAGACGACAGUUUCGGUCGCGAGCUUAUCCUGGGUGCAACUAGCGGACCUCUGAAGAAACUGGGCGAUGUAUUUCGUCGUCAUCCCGAAAAUUUCGUUCCUGAUCAAGAAACUGGGUUCCGCAAAGUUGCGUCAGGCUGUUGCGCCUUCAGCGAUUUCGUGAGCUAUUUCAAUUACCGUAUCGGCAAGGAUUUUCAAGAAACUGGAAAGUGUCGCGUCCACAUGGGAAAAUCCAUUAAAGGCUAUGGCUUUAAUGGUUUGCUCAUUAGAAAAGAUAACAGUUACCGGGAUACCAUUAAUCAAGGAUUGCUGGAGUUGUACCAAACGGGCCUUGUUGACUACUGGCGUAAGAAACAGGCAGGCAGGGGAUCUCCAGUUUGCCAGUCGCAAUCGAAAAAGAAAUCAAAGGUGUUACGUAGCUUGAAUCUACGUCAAGACUUGAUCACUGCAUUUUUCAUUCUUGGAAUCGGAGUUUCUAUAUCUUUUAUUGUCUUUUUGACCGAACAAUAUCGACGAUUCAAAUGCAAAUAUCGCUAACAUCUCUUGCUGCAAAAAAAAUAUUUGUCAUAUUAAAAGGAUUAAGCUUAGUAGGAUUAGUUACAGCUUCUUGAAAUAUUUGGAUAACAGCACAUGCAGAUGUAUACGAUUGACUCCAUCAUUUCUUGCAGCUUUUGUAUUGUUUGCAAAUUUAGUAUGGGAUCAUUUUUAUGGCUAAACAGAUCUGUUUUAAAGAAAUUUGUAAUUAGCUCUAGUAGAUGUUUCUUGAAUAUGUAAUAGCUGACUAGAAAUAAACUUUAUUAGCAUCGUAAAUUGUGUGGCAAAACAAAAGACGAUACAGACCAGAACUAGGGCAGGUUUUCGAUUCCAAGGUAAAGUUGACUGUAACAUUACACAAUAAUCACAAUAUGUCUGCAAGACAAGCAUCUUAUGCAAUCUUAUGCAUCUGUAACUAUGUUUUCACAAUCACGACCUCUGACUAACACGAUUCUGAACAAGAGGGCAGGAAAGAAUUGCAAGAUUACAACGAUUUCUUACGAUAUGACAGAUUUCGGCUGCUUGGAUCUUCUACGUUAACCAAAGCAUAAAUUGAUAAAGGUACAGUGACAUGAAUGUUCCUAAAAUUAAAUUAGUCUUCGAUCCUGCCAGGGAUCGAACCUGGAAUCUCUUGCUCCGUAGGCAAGCGCCUUAUCCAUUGGGCCACAGAACCACGUUAAUUUCAUUUGCUUUACAAAUUAACUAACGACUUAGAAUUUUAGAAAAUCAAAUAAACUUUGGAUUGAUCUGUACCCCUUUAUGUCUUGCUGCAUCUUCAAGUGUUCAAAGAUCUGAAACCUCUUGUAUUUACUAAAGCCUUAUCGCAUUUAACGAUAGCUGUACGUGUGAUUCCUUUCUUUUCGGCAAUAUACCUGUACUUGCUUACUCUGUCAACAAGAGUAGUCUACUAA